GAAUUCAGCCUACAGUACGACUGUUUGAAUCCAGGUAUCCAUGUGCACUGGAUAUGGCAUUGGAAAAUCAUGUCAAAAAUGUGUCAUCCGAUAAUGAAAAAAACCUGCUUCAUCAGUUCAUCUCUCUCACUCUGAGCUGUGGGAAAUAUCAGAUUCUGCCGGAGUCCGAGACCUCUCUGAUGCUCAGCCUCAAUCACCCUCUUCCCUCUGUGAGAAACAUGGCCGUAGACUACCUGAAAGAGAUCCUCAACUCAGAACAUAAUAGCUUUGAUGAGGCGUUUCUCAAAGAUGCUUUGCUGGAAAGAAUAAAAGACGAUUCUCCAGAAGUUGUGCUGUCUGCGCUUAAAGCCUUGCAGCAUCACAUGGGCCUAAUGGAUGUAGAGGACACCGUUUCCAGUUUGAUUUCACUUCUUCAUCGCAUCAAACCAUCAGCCGAUUGGUGUCCAGUGCUAAAAGAGGCUGUGCGCGUUCUUGAUGACCCACGCAUUAUUGAGGGUAACCCAGAUCUUAAGGCUUACAUUAGUUGGGAGCUUUUACCCUUCCUGGUGAUGACGAGAGCUGCACCUGAAUGUGUGGAGCUGCAGAUGACGUCUGCCAUUACUGAAACCACUCUGAUCUCCCAGCAUCCUCUGACCCAGGGCUGGGCCAAAGUGCUGAAGGCUGUUCUGGCUAAAACCUCUGAGUCGGAUCUGCUUGGUGUGGCGAACGAAAUGCUCACAACAACUCUGAUCAAGAACUUGGCUAACAUGGAUCACGCAACCAAACGCAACACUCUGGAGAACGUGUGUGAUAUCCUGAGCCGUCAGGGCAGUAGUGUGCGGGACAGAGCAGCGUUUGUGGUGUUUAGUUCUGCUCUGCUUCAGAGUCUGCAGUCCAUGACGGAGAGCCAGCACCUCCACACCGCACAGAGUGUGUAUAAACUACUGGAGCCUUUACUGCUGCAGGCAUACACCAUCCAGCCUGAACAGGUGUCUGAUCAGCCCGCAGAUGAGUGUCUGCCAGUCUGUGUAGCUUUGGGUGAGUUUCUGCAGAAAAUCAGCUGUGGUUUGAGUGCAGAGCAAGAACAAGGCCUUCUUCUGCUUUCUCUUCUGCGGCUUUUCAUCACGACCCUCAAAUGUCCAGAUUCUACAUUUAAAGGUGAGCCAUGGUGGAACCCAGAGAAAAUGGAGACUACUACAUGCUGUUACCUGCGUCUCCUCUGUCGUCUGUUUGAUGUGGUGAUAUCAGGGGCCAGUCAGGGGCCCUUGGCUCCCUGCUUCAGGAGCCUAAUGCAGCCUCUAUUACAGGUGCACCUGAAUGAGCCGAUGGUCCUGUUUAAGUUUCUGUCUCUGUUAUGGGGCUACAACAGCAAUUUAGGCGAUCAGUUGGAUUGUCGAGUCAGUGCCAUUCUUCAGACUCAGGCUCUUUAUGUGGGAAAGGCUUUUCUGUCCAGCCAGCCUGUAAAAACCCUCAACCUGCUGGCGUCAGAUUCCUCACCAGUGGUGCCGUCUCUGCUGGUGUGUGUAUGUUCAGGCGUGUGUGAAGUUCGUAGAGCUGCCAUCGCUGUGCUCCAGUGUCUCUCUGGGCUUGUUUCUUCACCGUAUCAUCCGCUUGUGGAGAAACUCCUCAAAUCAUCAGAGGAGAUCAUCGCUGACUCCUCAUAUCUUACCCAAGCAUUGUCCAAGUUCUACGAGGAGGCCGUUUCACGGAAAGAUAAGAAUAAAAAGUUGGCAUCAGUUGAGCAGCUCCUUCAGUGUUUACAGUCUCCCUUCUGUCCUUCCUACACCUCCAAAACACUUCUGCGGGCUCUUCAGGAUGUUCACGGAGAGCCUGUUUUGUCUGUUCUUCUUCCUGCUGUGGAGCGCCUUCUUGAACAGUGUGCUCCAGACUCUUGCACCUUCCUGCCAGACGAGGCUCUUCUUCUGCAGCUCUUGUUGAGCAAGUUCAGUGAGAUGUCGGCACCUUUACUGGUCAAAGAUCCUCGAUGCCUUGAGGUCUUCAUUAGAGCACUCCACACCUCAGCCAGGCCAUACCCUACUAUCCCCAGCUUCCAGAUUACUGCCCUGGAGCAGAUUACCAAGCCGUUCUUCACUGCUAUUGGAGAUGAAAAGAUUCAACAGAAGAUUCUUUCGAUUUUGUUUGACCUGCUUGUUGGGAAUAAAAGCCCUGCCUGCGCCCAAAGUAUCAACAGUGUCUUUAAAACGAUUGCAGUGGAUUGCGAGCUUGUGGCCAAUGAGCUGAUUCCUGCCGAUAAACAAAGAGUUACUGCAACAGUUCAACAAACGCGCAGAAGUAAAAUGAGAAAAACACAAGACACAUCUGGGGCAGUGCCAGAGGAGAGUGUUGUUUCUUGGCCAAGGGUGACGCUAAUUUUAGAGCUGCUUCAACACAAGAAGAAACUUAAGAGGGCUCAGUAUCUAGUGCCCGCUCUGUUUAAUUUGCUCUCAAGGUGUCUGGAACCUGCUGCUGCUGAACAGGAGAAUAUAGAGUACACAAAACAGCUCAUCCUCAUCUGCCUGUUGAAUGUCUGUCAGAAACUGUCUCCAGAGGGAGGGCCAAUCAGCAAAGAUGUGCUGGAGGAGGAUAAGUUUAAUAUGGAGCUGGUCGUUCAGUGUGUCAGGGUGUCAGAAAUGCCCCAAACUCACCAUCAUGCUCUGCUUCUGCUCGGGGCUCUGGCCGGCAUCUUCCCUGAGAAGGUUCUUCACAACAUCAUGCCCAUCUUCACUUUCAUGGGAGCCAACAUCAUGCGCUUGGAUGAUACUUACAGCUUCCAAGUCAUCAACAAGACUGUUCAGGCAGUCAUCCCUGCUCUGAUUAAGGCCCACGAGGGAGGAAGUUCUCAGUCUGAGGGUCAUAUGGAGACUGUGGUAGCCCAGAUCAUACAUGUGUUUGUUGAUGCUCUUCCUCAUGUGCCCGAGCACAGACGGUUACCCAUCCUCAGCCAGCUGAUGAGCACACUGGGCCCGUCCCGCUUCCUCUGGGUGCUGAUGCUGCUUCUGUUCAAGCAGCAUGUCACACAAACAUCUGCUGGUGCGACGGGGGCUGAAAAGGAGGCUGUUGUGGAGAGAGAUCAAGACUUCUGGAUUUUGGUGUGUUGUGAGUUUGAGGUGAAGGAGCAGCUGACUUCCCUUAUCAAAAUCCUGCAGUAUCUCAUGACUCUGCCACAAGAUAGAGAAGAAGCACCAGAGAAAAAGAAACCCCGUGGAAGAAGUGCCGUGAAGAAAGAUGAAACAGUCUCUGAUCUGAUAUUCAGUGUGGAGACUCACAGUGGCAAAGACCUCCGCCAUUUUAAAUUCAUCUCCAUCUCCUUCAUGGCUCAGCUGCUGGCCUCUGACGGAUUCGUUGGGAAGGUGGCUGACUGUGAAGACAUUACAGAAAGUACCUUACAGGCUCUUCAGCAAGAUUUGUUGGUGGAGGUUCUGCGCUACAUUCAGGCAGUUGCUCGAUGUGUCGAGGAUAAUGCAGAUAAGCCAACAGCUAAGUUCUGGAGAGCCCUCCUAAGCAAGUCCUAUGACACCCUGGACAAGGUCAAUGCCCUUCUACCAAUGGAUACGUUCAUUACGGUAAUGAGAGGCUUGAUGGGUAAUCAGUUGGCAUCAGUAAGAAGGAAGGCCAUGGAGUUACUCAAUAACAAACUACAACAGAGGACGAAGUGGCUGAAGGAACAGAUCACUGCUCUUCUUGAGCUCAUUGGCACUCUUCUGAGCAUCGUGGGUCGCAGUCAUCGUCAGGUCACGGCCCAGGAAGAAGAAGAGCUGGCCAUCAAUCGACAGACGGCCCUUUAUAGCCUCAAGCUUCUGUGCCGAAAUUUCGGCUCUGAUCACAAGGAGGAGUUUGUACCAGUGCUGAAUAAAGCGGUGGAGCUGGUUGCUGAUAAAGACGAGGAGAAGAAUGUCAUGGGAAGUGCUCUGCUGUGUGUAGCGGAAGUUACCAGCACUCUGAAAGCGCUUGCUAUACCACAGUUACACAGGCUGAUGCCCGCUGUGCUGGACACUCUUAAGGAAAGGAAGGACCUGCUAAAUAAUGAAAUCUACCUACUGAGCGCCGUCACAGCUCUACAGCGGGCAUCUGAGACUCUGCCACACUUCAUCAGCCCAUACCUGCUGGACACCAUCUUACAGGUCACCCGUUUAACUCUGCUGGCCAGGCGACUGACAUCUUGCCCUCAGUUAUCUGUACGCCUGGCCUCUCUCAGCUCCACUCUCGCCACAAAACUUCCUCCCAGGGUCCUCAUUCCUACCAUCACUAAAUGCUACUGCAGCAUGGUGGAUGCUCAGCAGAAUCGUCUCAGUCCUCUGAUGAACAUCCUGAAGGAACAUAUCAGCCACAUGGACAAAGACCAACUCAAUAACCACCAAUCAGAGCUCACUUCCUUCUUCCUGUCUGCGCUUGAUUUCCGUGCUCAGCAUUGCCAGGGCGAUCUGAAGAAGACUGCUGAGAUCGAAGGCUGCGUGAUCGACUGUCUGCUAGUGAUGAUUAUGAAACUUUCAGAAGUCACUUUCAGGCCUCUUUUCUUCAAGUUGUUUGACUGGUCAAAGAUUGACGGUGCUUCUAAAGAUCGCCUGUUGACCUUCUACAGACUUGCAGAUCGUAUCGCAGACAAACUCAAAGGACUGUUUGUGUUGUUUGCUGGCCAGCUGGUCAAACCCUUUUCCGAUCUGCUGCAUCAGCUCAACACUUCCCACACAGACAAAGCCUUCUUUGACUCCGAGGAUGAGAGUGAUGAUGAUUCAGAUGAGGAGGCUGAUGAUAAUGUGACAAAGAGCAGCCUUUUGCUACAGUAUGUGUUGGACUGCCUUCACAAGAUCUUCCUCUAUGAUACUCAGCACUUCCUCAGUAAGGAAAGAGCUGAUGCCCUUUUGUGUCCUCUGGUGGAUCAGUUGGAGAACAUACUAGGAGGAGAGGAGACCUACAAGAGCCGCAUUACCACACACUUGGUGCCUUGCAUUGCUCAGUUUGCUGUUGCCAUGAGAGACGACUCGCAGUGGAAAGUUCUCAAUUAUCAGAUUCUGCUCAAGACACGACACAGUUCACCAAAGGUUCGUUUCUCUGCGCUUGUCAUGUUGCUGGAGUUGGCAGGCAAGCUGAGGGAGAACUACAUGGUUCUUCUGCCAGAGACCAUCCCAUUCCUGGCCGAGCUCAUGGAGGAUGAAUGCGAAGAAGUUGAGCACCAGGUUCAGAAGGUCAUUCAAGAAAUGGAGACUAUCCUCGGUGAACCGCUGCAGAGCUACUUUUAAUGGCACCUGAGGCAACUACAGUGUAUUUGUUAUCCUUACAUAACUGAUGAGCUGUCAUGCUGAAACAUACGUCAGUCUGUCCACCAUCUUCUCCUGCACAUCCGAACAUUUGAUUGAUUGGCAGCUUGACCAGUCAUGCCUACCUAUGUGUCUAUGCAUAUGUAUAUGAAGAAAAUGACUGGAUGCCCCGCCCUUUAUAUGAAAGCGACGCAUGGGAUGAGUAUAUGUGUCUGAUGUUUUUAAAAAAUGUUUUAUGGCAUUGAAUGAUGUUUUGUAAUGCACACUGAUGUAUUUCUGUGGAAACUGCAUAUCAUAAAAAGAUUAAUCUGGGGGAAA